ACUCACGCUUGAAACCGGAAGUAGGAAGAAUAAAAAAUAAAUAAAUGAGAAUUUUAUUUGUUCCCUGUCAAACACAUUGAAAGACUCAAAUCUUAAUUCUUACUUGGUACUACUAAAGUCUAGAAAAGUGCAUUUUAGCAGAAAAACAACAUUCCAAAAAAAGCAAAGAAGUCUUAAAUAGGAAGCAAGCUUAGUUUUACCUGUUCCUGUGUGUAAAUUAGUACUGAAAUAAAAGUUCAACCCUCCAAGAUGACAAUGAUGGAAUUUUUUGGUUGUACCUUCAUAGCUUUUGGACCCCCUUUUGGAUUAUUUGUAUUCACAAUAAUGCAUGAUCCACUAAGAAUAAUUGUACUUAUUGCGAGUGGAUUUUUCUGGUUGCUUUCAUUAUUGCUAUCAUCAAUAUUGUGGUUUGCUGUUGUACCAUUAAGAGAGGAGUUGGCAUUUGGUCUUGUAUUCUCUGUGAUAUUCCAGGAAAUAUUUAGAUUCUUCUUCUAUAAAUUGUUGAGGAGAGCAGAUGAAGGUUUGCAAAAAGUGAAUCAGACAGAAGGACCAGAGCUUCAUGUUGCCCCUCGUGACAUUACAAACAAAAAUAUUAUGGCAUAUGUUUCAGGGUUUGGCUAUGGAAUAAUAUAUGGAGCAUUCUCUAUAAUCAAUGUUUUAGCAGACAUGGUAGGACCUGGUACCAUUGGUAUCCAUGGAGACUCAAAGUACUUUUUUGUAGCAACAGCUUUUCUGACACUGUGCUUUAUAUUUCUGCACAUAUUUUGGGGAGUUAUAUUUUUCCAUGCCUUGGACAAGAAGAAAUACUACAUGGUAGCCCUUGUUGUAGCUACACAUAUGCUGGUCUCAUGCUUGACAUUACUCAAUCAGAGGACAGUAAAUCGUGCAGAACCACUUUACCUGGCCAGUAUUUUACCAGCCUAUUUUGUCAUGUUAGCCAUGGGUGUUGUAGCAUUCUUCACAGCAGGUGGAUCUGUAGAGAACAUUAAAUCUGCUAUCAGCUGUUGUAAAUCAACAGCUAAAUACCAAAUUGAAUAAUUUGUUUAUAUUGUAAUUUGAUAGCUUUUGUCAUUGUAAAUGAUUGUUGACCAAGCGAGAUUGACAGCUUUGUAUGAUAUAAGAGAUCUGUUUCAUAUUACAUUUAUAUAGUAAUUAUAUAUUUGAUAUCCCAUUUGUUACAAUGAAGAUUUUGAUUUCCAAGUCAGAUUAAAUACCAUUAUUUCACAUGUCUAAGAAAUCCUGUAAUUUUAGUCUCCUGACUUCUUGGAACAAUGAAUGUUAUCAAGAUUUCUCUCUCUUUUCUUUGAAUAGUUUGAAGAUAUCCAGACAUAUGCCUCCUGCCAUGUUGGUUCCAUCUUUCAGAUUAUUUCACUUGGACCCUAUACUUAAUUAAGAACAAAUAUAUGUUUUCUAAUUGGACACCAUUGCAUUUGUUCACAUUCAGUUAAUAAUCAUUUGGGCCAUGUAUGCUGAUUUUACUUUUGUAUAUUAACUCAAUAAAGGAAGAGAACAGUAUAUUAUUUAUAAAUUAUGGUAUUGGAUGGCAGAUAUUCCAAAGUCAAAUAUAUUUUUUCACAGCUCAUCUAGAUAUGGGCCAAUUUAAUGUUUGACAUAUAUUUUUAAACACUUGUCUUUUGAGGAAGAAGAUCAUAUGUUGACCGGAGAUGUCAUGGUUUUUGUUGUGUUAAUUAUGUAACAUUGCUGUCUCAUUUACAUAAAUGUAUACCUCACAUUUCCUUUAAUGAAUUAGACUUAUUUAAUAAGUUAAUAAGUAUGUUGUAUAUAUCUGAAGUCUUAUGGUUAACAAAUAUAUUGCAACCAACAUUCAGAAAUAUUUUUCUACCAACAUAUUUUUCCUUGAACAAUUUUGUAUCGUAAAGAUAUUUCUUUUAAAAGAUUAAAGAAGAGAAAUUUGAAAAUAUUUCAAUUUUUCAAGUCACUCUUUGCAUAACAGUAAACAAUAUAGAAUAACUAAAUUUGAUUUACUGAAAAAACAGUAGCAGGUAAAUAUUCCAAUGGGACAAUGACAAUGAGUGAUGGUGUUAAUAUGUUUACAGUGCCAUUUGCAAUAUAUUUAUUUUGAUCGAUUCAUGUUUAUCAUAUAAUAAAAGGGUUUUGUUGUUGAAGUAAUUUACCAAAAAGCUACAUGUGCAGUUUCAUUUGUUUUAAGAAUAACCCAGACAAUUUUACGAUGUGAAUUUUGUUUUUGUCAAGCUGGUUAAUUUACUCAAAACAUGUUUUGGUUGGUUUUCUAAACAGCACGUUGAUUUAAUAAAAUGUGUAAAAUUAAAGACAUUUUGUUUGGUGCAAUGUUAUGUGAUAACAUAAAAUAUGUAGAUGUACAAAAAUAAAAAAAAUGUUACAGUA